GGAUGUUCAACUUCCUCCCACUUCUGAAAUCAGGAAGCCUCGUCCUAAAAAAGGUUUGUGGUUCAAACCCAUAUUGAAGCCUCCUAGAUUGACAUUACUGACAAAUAUGCUAACUAUUUUACACUGAGAGAAAUGUACAACAUUGGGCUUGAAAGUUUAAAGAACUAUCUUACCAAGCAUUCCAUUUUCCCGAGACAUGUUCUUUGAUGUAAACAGUUCUACAGUAGCCAUUUUCCAUUUAUUUUCUGAAGUAUGUAGGCCUACAGCUAUGAUUUGAGCUGUAGCUGCCGCUAUUCAAUUACACAGAUUUUAUUCAGGCUGUCCAAUUUGCAUUGCACUGAAUACAAACAUUACAGGUGACUACUUCGUGUGUAUAUUUAAUCUAUACUAAAGGUUUAGUAAAGAUAUAUAUUGUUUGCAUGCAUGAGAAACACAUGUUUUUGACUAGGUCUCUUUUUGUCCACCGGGUGUCAUUAUUGAGCAGGUUAAUUUCCCUUUGAAGAGGAUUAGACCAAAAUAGAUCAGCUUUAGCUAAACCAGAUUUGGUAGCUAAGGCUGUGUUGGUCAAUUAACUUUGCUUCCUUAAUGCUUUUGGUGUCCCGGAAAUAACUUUAUAAACAUACAUUGUUUUCAAACUGUGGGGUGAAACAACUUUUUAUUUAGAGUUAUGGUGGCUUAAAGGGCCAAUGCAGCUUUUUUAUCUCAAUAUCAAAUCAUUUCUGGGUAAUAAUUAAGUACCUUACUGUGAUUUUCAAUUUAAAAUGGUCAAAAAUUAACUCAAAUAGCUUCUUAGAAAAGAGCAAUUUCUCAAGCAAGAAUUUUGCUGAAUGUUUGGAGUGGUCUGAGUCGGGAGGGGAAAACUAGCUGUUAUUGGCAGCUAAUUUACCGCCUGGUGAUAUCACCAUGGAAAGGCCAAAACUCCAACCCACCAAAACAGGAUGACAUUUCAGGCAGUCUUUUCAAACAGCUCUUACGCGAAAAGGGCAUUAUCAUUUUCACAAUUUCAGUUUUAUUCCAUCUUCAUAGUGUGAAAAUAUACAUAAAACACAAGUAAAUCAUAUUUUUGACUGCAUGGGGCCAUUAAGACAGUUGUUCAAAGCUCCUGAGUUAUUUAUAAGUUAUAUUCUUCAAGAAUCAAUUGGUAUAUCAUUAAUUUAAAUGAACGGCAGUAACUAUUGCAGAUUGCACCUCUAAGCUAUUUAUAAGUAAUAUUCUUCAAAAUCAAGCAGCAUUUUCAUUAAUUGAAAUUACUGGAAAUAUGACAUACUUUAGAUAGGUCUUGGUGAGUUUCAAUGGUGGAAAAAGUACUUGAGUAAAAGUAAAGUAAAAGUGAAGGUCACCCAGUAAAAUCCUACUUGAUUAAAAGUAUUUGGUUUUAAAUAUACUUAAGUAUCAAAAGUAAAAGUAUAAAUCAUUUCAAAUUCCUUAUACUAAGCAAACCAGACGGCACCAUUUUCGAGUUUUUUUUAUUUACUUACGGAUAGCUAGAGGCAUGCUCCAACACUCAAACAUAAUUUACAAACGAAGCAUCUGUUUAGUGAGUCUGCCAGAUCAGUGGCAGUAGGGAUGACCAGGUAUGUUCUCUUGAUAAGUAUGUGAAUUAUACAAUUUUCCUGUCCUGCUAAGCAUUCAAAAUGUAACGAGUACUUUUGGGUGUCAGGGAAAAUGUAUGGAGUAAAAAGUACAUCAUUUUCUUUAGGAAUGUAGUAAAGUAAAAGUUGUCAAAAAUAUAAAUAGUAAAGUAAAGUACAGACCCCGAAAAACUACUUAAGUAGUACUUUCAAGUAUUUAUACUUAAGUAAUUUACACCACUGAUGAGUUUUAUCUGCCUUUUAUGUCUAUGCAGCUCCUGAGCUCCCUAUUCUGGAGAGACGAAACUGGCUCAUCCACCUUCACUACAUCCGUAAAGACUAUGAGACCUGUAAGGUAGGAGGAUCUGUUUGUUCGGUCUCUGAGAGAAAAAGUGUCAUAUAAACGGUGUUGGGGAGUAGGGUACUACAUGUACUUAAACUGGCAUUGUAUUUGGUACAAAUCAUUCCCUAAAUUCUAGACCUCAGCUGAAUCUGGUAAUGAAUGGUGUGGCUGUUGAACAAGUUGAGGAGACUAAAUUACUUGGCGUUACCUUAGAUUGUAAACUAUCAUGGUCAAAACAUAUAGAUUUAAUGGUUGUAAAGAUUGGGAGAGGUCCGUCCGUAAUAAAGAGAUGCUCUGCUUUUUUGACACCACACUCCAAAAAGCAAGUUCUGCACGCUCUAGUUUUGUCUAAUCUUGAUUAUUGUCCAGUCAUGGGGUGUAGUGCUACAAGAAAAUACCUAGUUAAGCUGCAGCUGGCCCAGAACAGAGCGGCACGUCUUGCUCUUCAUUGUAAUCAGAGGGCUGAUAUAAAUACUAUGCAUGCCAGUCACUCUUGGCUAAGAGUUGAGGAGAGACUGACUGCAUCACUUAUUAUUUUUAUAAGAAACAUUAAUGUGUUGAAAAUCCCAAAUUGUUUGCAUAGUCAACUUACACACAGCUCUGACACACACUUACCCCACCAGACAUGCCACCAGGGGUCUUUUCACAGUCCCCAAAUCCAGAACAAAUUCAAGAAAGCGUACAGUAUUAUAUAGAGCCAAUAUUUAUUGGGACUCCGUUCCAUCUCAUAUUUCUCAAAUAAACAGCAAACCUAGUUUAAAAAAAACAGAUAAAGCAACACCUCACGGCACAACGCCUCUCCCCUAUUUGACGUAGAUAGUUUGUGUGUAUGUAUUGAUAUGUAGGCUACGUGUGCCUUUAAAAAAAUGUUUUAUGUAGUUCUGUCCUUGAGCUGUUCUUGUCUAUUCAUGUUCUGUAUAAUGUCAUGUUUUGUGUGGACCCCAGGAAGAGUAGCUGCUGCUUUUGCAACAGCUAAUGGGGAUCCUAAUAAAAUACCAAAUACCAAACUAGUAAUUUAACUACAUUUUGCAGUAGCUUGGUGGUAGUUGAACUAAAUUCAGAUAUGGGUAGUGUUUUUAGUAGUUCAUUAAUUUUUUGCCAUGUAGCAGUGUAGCUAACUACUGGAACUACUCACUAGUUUUUUUGCAAAAAUUAAAUAUGGAUGAAGUAGGUAAGAAUUUCCUUUAGUUUUUGACAUCGGACUUUCCUAAUUCUCACUUGAAACAUAGUUUUUGUGUUUUAAUAGGCUAAAUUAAACAUUCUGUUAACAUCUGACUCCAGAGUGAUCUGUUCUUGCAAUUUGUAUUCUAUGACAUUCAGAUGUAGAAAUAAUUUACCACAAAGUAGUUUUUCAGUGUCUUUCAAAGUGUCUUUAGUUAAGUAAACUGUAUUUUUCUUAAAGGCCCAGUGCAGUCAAAAACGUGAUUUUCCUGUUUUCCCACACUAUGAGGUUAGAAUAAUACUGUGAAAUUGUGAAAAUUAUGAUAAUGCCAUUUUAGUGUAAGAGCUGUUUGAAAAGACCAAGUUUUGGCCUGCCUGGUGACUACACCAGGUGGUAAAUGAGUUAAUAGACCAGUAAGAAAGAGUUCCAAACUCUCUGCCAUUAACAGCUAGUUAUUGUAUAAUUUCCCCCACCCCAUAGAAUUAGGAAUUCAAAUACUUAAUUCAGUAAUACUUGAAUUAUGUAAUUUAAUAGGAUCUCUAUGCUCAGACCACUCCCAGACAGUCCUAAGCAAAAUUCUUGCUUGAGAAAAUGCUCUUUGCUAAGAAGCUAUUUUUGUUUAUUUUUGACCAUUUUAAUUGAAAACAAUCACAAGGUACAUAAUUGCUACAUAGAAAUGAUUUGAUAUUGAGAAACAAAUGGCUGCAUUGGACCUUUAAGGUUAGCUUUAGUGUAGCUUAACUUCUUCCAGUGUGAAGUAAUUGGUAGCUUGGUAACUAUAUUUUCACAGUAGCUUCCCGAACACUGCAUAUAAAGUGUCAUGGUAAAACAAUGGACAGGUACAGUGAGGGGAAAAAAGUAUUUGAUCCCCUGCUGAUUUUGUACGUUUGCCCACUAACAAAGACAUGAUCAGUCUAUAAUUUUAAUGGUAGGUUUAUUUGAACAGUGAGAGACAGAAUAACAACAACAAAAUCCAGAAAAACACAUGUCAAAAAUGUUAUAAAUUGAUUUGCAUUUCAAUGAGGGAAAUAAGUAUUUGACCACACUGCAAAACAUUACUUAGUACUUGGUGGCAAAACCCUUGUUGGCGAUCACAGAGGUCAGACGUUUCUUGUAGUUGGCCACCAGGUUUGCACACAUCUCAGGAGGGAUUUUGUUCCACUCCUCUUUGCAGAUCUUCUCCAAGUCAUUAAGGUUUCGAGCCUGACGUUUGGCAACUCAAACCUUCAACUCCCUCCACAGAUUUUCUAUGGGAUUAAGGUCUGGAGACUGGCUAGGCCACUCCAGGACCUUAAUGUGCUUCUUCUUGAGCCACUCCUUUAUUGCCUUGGCCGUGUGUUUUGGGUCAUUGUCAUGCUGAAAUACCCAUCCACGACCCAUUUUCAAUGCCCCGGCUGAGGGAAGGAGGUUCUCACCCAAGAUUUGACGGUCCAUUGUCCUUUUGAUGCAGUGAAGUUUUCCUGUCCCCUUAGCAGAAAUACACCCCCAAAGCAUAAUGUUUCCACCUCCAUGUUUGACGGUGGAGAUGGUGUUCUUGGGGUCAUAGGCAGCAUUCCUCCUCCUCCAAACACGGCGAGUUGAGUUGAUGCCAAAGAGCUCGAUUUUGGUCUCAUCUGACCACAACACUUUCACCCAGUUCUCCUCUGAAUCAUUCAGAUGUUCAUUGGCAAUGUUCAGACGGGCCUGUAUAUAUGCUUUCUUGAGCAGGGGGACCUUGAGGGCGCUGCAGGAUUUCAGUCCUUCACGGCGUAGUGUGUUACCAAUUGUUUUCUUGGUGACUAUGGUCUCCACGAGGUGAGAUCUUGCAUGGAGCCCCAGGCCGAGGGAGAUUGACAGUUAUUUUGUGUUUCUUCCAUUUGCGAAUAAUCGCACCAACUGUUGUCACCUUCUCACCAAGCUGCUUGGCGAUGGUCUUGUAGCCCAUUCCAGCCUUGUGUAGAUCUACAAUCUUGUCCCUGACAUCCUUGGAGAGCUCUUUGGUCUUGGCCAUGGUGGAGAGUUUGGAAUCUGAUUCAUUGAUUGCUUCUGUGGACCAGGUGUCUUUUAUACAGGUAACAAACUGAGAUUAGGAGCACUCCCUUUAAGAGUGUGCUCCUAAUCUCAGCUCGUUACCUGUAUAAAAGACACCUGGGAGCCAGAAAUCUUUCUGAUUGAGAUGGGGUCAAAUACUUAUUUCCCUCAUUAAAAUGCAAAUCAAUUUAUAACAUUUUUGACAUGCGUUUUUCUGGAUUUUGUUUUUGUUAUUCUGUCUCUCACUGUUCAAAUAAACCUACCGUUAAAAUGAUAGACUGAUCAUUUCUUUGUCAGUGGGCAAACGUACAAAAUCAGCAGGGGAUCAAAUACUUUUUUCCCUCACUGUACAUGCAUUCGUUAAAAGUGUAUAAUUUCAUUCUGUCCUCUUUUUAAUUCAGGCAAUCAUCAAAGAGCAGCUACAAGAGACCAGGGGGAUGUGUGAAUAUGCCGUCUAUGUACAAGGUAUGGCGAUUGUCCAGCAGAAUAGAACCAGUUCAAUCGUUACAAGUAUAUUACAAUAGGUCAGGUGUAACUAUGACCAAAUGUUAGAUUCUCACAGCAUGAAGGGAUGCCUGUCUGUCUGUUUCUCUCUGUUCAGCUUUAAUCCUUCGCCUGGAAGGGAAAAUCCAGCAGUCACUGGACCUGUUCCAGAGCUGUGCAAUACUCAACCCUGGCAGCUCGGAUAACCUCAAACAAGUGGCCAGAUCCCUGUGAGUAGCACACUUUUAGAAAAAUGUGGGCCUUUUAUCAUUCAAGCUCCAAGCUUCAGUAGGCUGUUUGCUAAGAUAUUUGCUGCCUUUGCGUGUGUUGUGCCACGCAAGUUAUUUCUGAAUAAAAAAAAUGUUUUAAACGCUUAUUGAUCCAUGGAAAAUUGCUUGUUUUCCUAAGUCUGAACCUUAAGUAUGUACAUAUGAUUUUGCAAUUUAUACAUUUUGUUCAUUUUUGCUUUUCUAGAUUUCUCCUUGGUAAGCAUAAGGCUGCCAUAGAGGUUUACAAUGAGGCUUCACAACUCAAUGAGACAGACUGGGUAAGUAACUUUGGUUUAUAAAUAUACUACUUUGUGAAGAUUAGUUGUUUUUUUUCAAGUUGUGAAAAGUUUUAUUCCACAUUUUACGUAUUUAUGAUCCCCAGAUAAGAAAUAUAGUUUACUGACUAUCACAUUUUCAAUGCCCCUUUUUCAACCCCUCUACUUGAAGGAGAUCAGCCAUAACUUAGGUGUGUGCUACAUCUAUACCAAAGACUUCAACCGUGUAAGUUACAUCUUUUAGUCCCUCUUGAACAUACACUGAACAAAAAUAUAAAUGCAACAUGUAAAGUGUUGGUCCCAUGUUUCAUGAGCUGAAAUGAAAGAUCCCAGAAAUGUUCCAUACGCACAAAAAGCUUAUUUCUCUCAAAUGUUUUGCACAAAUUUGUUUACAACCCUGUUAGUGAGCAUUUCUCCUUUGCCAAGAUAAUCUAUCCACCUGACAGGUGUGGCAUAUCAAGAAGCUGAUUAAACAGCAUAAUCAUUACACAGGUGCACCUUGUGCUGGGGACAAUAAAAGGCCACUCUAAAAUGUGCAGUUUUGUCAUGCAACACAAUGCCACAGAUGUCUCAAGUUUUGAGGGAGCAAGCAAUUGGCAUGCUGACUGCAGGAAUGUCCACCAGAGCUGUUACCAGAUAAUUGUAUGUUAAUUUCUCUACCAUAAGCCACCUCCAACGUCGUUUUAAAGAAUUUGGCAGUACGUCCAAACGGCUUCACAACCGCAGACCACGUGUAUGGUGUUGUGUGGGUGAGCGGUUUACUGAUGUGAACAGAGUGCCCCAUGGUGGCGGUGGGAUUAUGGUAUGAGCAGGCAUAAGCUACGGACAAUGAACGCAAAUGCAUUUUAUCGAUUGGAAAUUUGAAUGCACAGAGAUAGUGUGACGAGAUCCUGAGGCGCAUUAUCGUGCCAUUCAUCCGCCGCCAUCAACUCAUGUUUAGGGCCUAAUUUAGGGCCUAAUUAAUUUAUUUCAAUGGAUUGAUUUCCUUAUUUGAACUGUAACUCAGUAAAAUCUUUGAAAUUGAUGUAUGUUGUGUUUAUAUUUUUGUUUAGUAUAGUAUUGUUAAAAUGUUUCAAACACCAACAUUGUACAUGAAUGAAAGUAAAAGCUGUGCGCUUGUGUGUACUGCCAGGCAGAAGAACAGUUGAACAUCGCCCUGGAGUUAAGCAAGCACGACCUGACCUACAUGAUGCUGGGAAAGAUUCACCUGCUGGAAGGGGACACUGACAAAGCCAUCGACGUGUACAGGAGCGCCGUUGAGUGAGUAAUAUAUAGCACUUGGCAGAUGCAAAGCGACUUGUGUGUACAUUUUCCUAUGGGUGGUGGCCCCAGCGGGAUUUGAACCCACAGCGCAUUGUGCUUUCAACGCAAUGAUUAUCAACUGAGCCACACAGGACCACUGAAGUGUGUGAGAGUGAGUGUUUUGGCAUUUCCAUGACUGUGAUUAAGUAAAACAUCAAUUAAACGCAGUUUCAAAUAGAUGCCUGUCCCUUUUAAUAGCUGGGCACGGCACACAUCUCAGCAAGUACAUGCCUGUUUCAAAUAAAUACCGGGUCUAAAUGAAUUGUGUACAACAUUACCAUAAAUUGUUUACAAGGUUUAACGUUUGAUUUGUUACAUGAAAUAAUUCCGUAAUGACUCUAAAAAAGUAUGGCAAUCAUCUGUUUUUAUCACCAGUAAGAAACGGCUAGCCAUUGACUGCUAACAACUGAGAACUGCUAGCUAACUGGCAAGCACAAAAACAGUCAACAACAGUGGUGAAAAAAGUACCCAAUUGUCAUACUUGAGGGAAAGUAAAGAUAGAAAAUGACUCAAGUGAAAGUCACCCAGUAAAAUACUACUUGAGUAAAAGUCUAAAAGUAUUUGGUUUGAAAUAUACUUAAGUAUCAAAAGUAGAAGUAUAAAUCACUUCAAAUUCCUUAUAUUAAUCAAACCAGAUGGCAUCAUUUUCUUGUUUAUUUUACUUUACGGAUAGCCAGGGGCACGCUCCAACACUCAGACAGUAUUUACAAACAAAGCAUGUGUUUAGUGAGACUGUCAGAUCAGAGGCAGUAGGGAUGACCGGGGAUGUUUUCUUGAUAAUUGUGUGAAUUUGACAAAUUUUCCUGUCCUGCUAAGCAUUCAAAAUGUAACGAGUACUUUUGGGUGUCAGGGAAAUGUAUGGAUUAAAAAGUAUAUAAUUUUCUUUAGGAAUGUAGCGAAAUAAAAGUUGUCAAAAAUAUAAAUAGUAAAGUAAAGUACAGAUACCCCCCAAAACUACUUAAGUAGUACUUUCAAGUAUUUUUAUUUAAGUACUGUACACCACUGGUCAACAACUUCGGGAGUACUUAAGAGGCAUACUAAGACAAAAUAAACUUAACACUAACCAGAUUUCCAUCCACAAUUUUUAUGCAAGUAAAGUCAUACCACAGUUAAAAAAAUUUAUGACAGCUGUACAAUUUUAUAAAUGCCGUAAUUUGUUUGUUCGACAUGGUAGGAUCUUUUUGUGUCAGUAAAAUUAAUUAUGCGAGAAAUAGUGGUGGAAAUGCCUUUAUACGCAAAUAUUGAUACAGUAACAUCAUAUCGAAGUAAACUUGGAGUCACGCGAUGAUAUGGUGUGUGGUCCUCCCACUAUGUCUUGGGAAAGCACCCAGCGUCUGGCCUUUAUGGUAGAGUGGCUAGAUGGAAGCCACUCCUCAGUAAAAGGCACAUGACAGCCCGCUUGGAGUUUGCCAAAAGGCACCUAAAGGACUCUCAGACCAUGAGAAACAAGAUUCUCUGGUCUGAUGAAACCAAGAUUGAACUCUUUGGCCUGAAUGCCAAGUGUCACGUCUGGAGGAAACCUGAAGCAUUGUGGUGGCAGCAUCAUGCUGUGGGGAUGUUUUUCAGUGGCAGGGACUGGGAGACCAGUCAGGAUCGAGGAAAAUAUGAACGGAGCAAAGUACAGAGAGAACCUUGAUGAAAACCUUCUCCAGAGCACUCAGGAACUCAGACUGGGGCGAAAGUUCACCUUCAAACAGGACAACGACCCUAAGCACACAGGCAAGACAACGCAGUAGUGGCUUUGGGACAAGUCUCUGAAUGUCCUUGAGUGGCCCAGCCAGAGCCUGGACUUGAACCCCAAAAACAGGUGUGCCAAGCUUGUAGCGUCAUACCCAAGAAGACUCAAGGCUGUAAUCGCUGCCAAAGGUGCUUCAACAAAGUACUGAGUAAUGGGUCUGAAUACUUAUGUAAAUGUGAUAUUUCUGUUUUUAAUCUUUUAUACAUUUGCAACAAAAUUCUACAAACCUGUUUUUACUUUGUCAUUAUGGGGUAUUGUGUGUAGAUUCAUGAGGGGUAAAAAACUAUUUCAUCAAUUUUAGAAUAAGGCUGUAACGUAACAAAGUGGAAAAAAUAAAGGGGUCUGAAUACUUUCCGAAUGCAGUGUAUAUGGCACAGCGGUCAAUUUCUUUGGUCCUUAAAUGAAACUGGUAUACUUUUUAAUUUAUCACAAUUUUCUUUAACCAAUUUUGGUCUUAAAUGCAGGGUCGACAGACAAGUUCCUUACUUUCUCCCCCUUCCACUUGCCUCUUCCAUUUUUUGCAGUAAUGCUGCAAUUAUUUGGUUGUAAUUUUGGGUAGAGCAGACAUUUCCAUAUAUUUUUGUUAGCUGCACGUGUGACAUAAUGCCACCAGUCCUAUUUAUUAUAUAAUUUACAAAAAUUAUACCGUACCGUUUAUCAAUUAGUAUAUUUGAGUUUAACCAUAAUAUUUGUUGUAUUAUUUGUUCAGUCUUUUCUGGUGGAUUAAACUGAAAUUGCAACCAACUUUCUAUGGCUUGUUUUAAAAAUAGCAAUAUUUUGGAAAUUAUUUCAUUUUCAAAUAAGUGAGAGGUUGUAAUCUAAAUAAAGGGAAAAGGGCCAUUCUUGAACAUAGGGUGAGACAUUCUUACUAAUCUGCUAGAGAAGCAGUUCGGAUUUAAGUAUAACUUUUGUAUGACUGAAGCCUUUAGUGAGAGGUCUAAUGCUUUAAUAUUUAAUAAUUCAUAUUCAUUACAUAAAUAGGCCGUUUAAUUUUGUCUGGCUUGUCGUUCCAAAUAAAAUUGAAUAUUUUUUUGCUCAUAUAAUUUAAAAAACAAGUCAUUGGGUGUAGGCAGGGCCAUAAGCAAAGAGAUAAACUGGGAUAUGACUAAAGAGUUAAUCAGAGUGAUUUUUCCACAAAUAGACAGGUAUUUUCCUUUCCAUGGUAGCAAGAUCUUAUCUAUUCUUGCUAACUUUCUAUUAAAAUGUAUUGUAGUGAGAUCAUUUCUUUAUUUCGGGAUAUGAAUUCAGAGUAUGUCCCCAGUUUAUUAGGCCACAGAUUAAAUAAAUUAUGAUGAACUUCACAGGGUGGUGAAAGUGACGGUGAUCUUGAUGCUCCUUUCCAAUAAAUAUCGAGGGUCUUAUUCUGGUGACAUGAUGAUCGAUGCUUGGCUGCAGUUUGACAAAUGAAAAAUAUUCUCGCUCAUAUCCAUAAUAAUCUCACAGCCUACCCGCACUGUAUCUGCGAGCUGUUGGCUAGAACGCACAUGCCAAGACCAGAGUAGGCUCAUUUACUAUUUAACACAACGUUUUUUGUGUCAAAACUAUCGGUAGAUUUGAACAUGCGAUUGGAAACACAUUGAACUUUAGAUGUUUAUUUUUAAGCGAAAAACUACAUUUUGUGUGCACUACGUCAUCACACACUCUUUCAUCCGCAGCAAGUCUGUUUGGUGGAAACACACCACUGGUGGGAAAAUGCGCAUAUUUUCUUUAAAUGGAUUUUAGAAUAUCGCAUGAAAAUCUGUCGCUGAUUGGAUGGAAACCUUGCUACUGUGUGGAAAUGAUAACACAUUAGUGCAGGAAAUGAAGAAAUGUGUUUAAAUGCUGAAAGUGAAUGCUGGAAUUAAAUAAUUAACUAUGCAAAUGAGCAAAUAUAAACGCAACAUGUAAAGUGUUGGUCCCAUGUUUCAUCAGCUGAAAUAAAAAGUCCCAGAAAUGUUCCAUGCGCACAAAAAAACGUAUUUCUCUCAAAUGUUGUGCAGGAAUUUGUUUACCUCACUGUUCGUGAGCAUUUCUCCUUUGCCAAGAUAAUCCAUCCACCUGACGGGUAUGGCAUAUCAAGAAGCUGAUUAAAUAGCAUGAUCAUUACACAGGUGCACCUUGUGCUGGGGACAAUAAAAGGCCACUCUAAAAUGUGCAGUUUUGUCACACAACACAAUGCCACAGAUGUCUCAAGUUUGUGCAAUUGGCAUGCUGACUGCAGGAAUGUCCACCAGAGCUGUUGCCAAAUAAUUGAAUGUUCAUUUCUCUACCAUAAGCCGCCUCUAACAUUGUUUUAGAGAAUUUGGCAGUAUGUCCAACCGUCCUCACAACUACAGACCACAGCCCAGGACCUCCGCAUCCGGCUUCUUCACCUGCGGGAUCGUGUGAGGAGGGGGGUGCUGCUGAGGAGUAUUUCUGUCUGUAAUAAAGCCCUUUUGUGGGUGGGCCUAUGCCCUCCCAGGCUCACCCAUGGCUGCACCCCUGCCUAGUCAAGUGAAAUCCAUAGAUUAGGGCCUAAUGAAUUUAUUUCAAUUGACUGAUUUCCUUUUAUGAACUGUAACUCAGUAAAAUCUUUGAAAUUGUUGCAUGUUGCGUUUAUAUUUUUGUUCAGUAUAGAAGCCUGUCUCUAAUAAGCACCUGUUGUGUUCAGUGAUUUAAGCAAAUAAAUGCCCGGGCUAUUAAUUGAAGUUUUACGGUAUAUGUUUUUCUGUGUGUUGUUUUAAUGUUACUUAUAGAUAAACAAGGAAAUGUUUGUUAGAGUUGAUAUUUCCAUGAGCUUGCUUAGUUCACGUAGCUAGUAUAAUAGGCCAUGUACGUACAUACAGUAUGUCAUUGGGAAAGAGGUCUUCUGACCUGGUUAAAUGGGACUUCCUGGUUAAAUAAAGGUUGAAUAAAUAAAAAAUCCUCUUAUUUCAGGUUUUCUCCUGAAAACACGGAUCUUCUUACCACUCUUGGCCUGCUAUACAUGCAGGUAAGUCGAGGCCUUUCAGUCCCUCCUCAGAUCACGCUCCAACCAUGAUGGGACAAGUCAUGUUUAAGUGAGUUUGAAACUAAAUCAGUCUAUUUCCUCUCCAGCAAGGCAAAUAUCAGAAAGCCUUUGAGCACCUUGGGAAUGCCCUGACGUAUGACCCCAACAACUUUAAGGUAGGGGAGGCCCUCCCUACUACUCCCUAUCCUAUUGGAUGCUGUAUUUGCAACUGACUUAAAUAUCACUGCAGCAGUGGGUCUGUGUGUGUGUGUGUAUUUUACCCUCUUCAGGCCAUCCUGGCAGCUGGCAGCAUGAUGCAGACGCAUGGGGACUAUGAUGUUGCCAUGAAUAAGUACCGCGUGGCAGCUUAUGCUGUACCUGAGAGCUCGCCCCUCUGGAAUAACAUUGGCAUGUGCUUCUUCGGAAACAAGAAAUAUGUGGCGGUAGGGAAAUUCUAUGGGUGACAACCUCCAAUUUGCCUGUUUCACGCCAUCUCUCCAACUCAUUUCGAACUAGAGACUUCCCUCAGAUCAAUUGGCCAACUGAAUUUGACCCAGAGGUGUGUGUGUUUGUGUUUUCAGGUACCAUUACUCAUAACCAAUAUUUGUCUCUGUCAGUCCCAUAAUUAUUUUCAAAAAUAAUGCACAAAUACUUUUACAUCUACGAAUACGUACCACAUAGAAAUGCAUUUGUGAAACUACGAUCACAACAAAUCUAAACCACAAAUCUAAACCAUUCACUUUGUGUUAUUGACAUAACCAGCUACUGGGUAUGCAGGCUUUCUCUAGCCUUUUUAUCUUCUAUUCCUCCACAUCCUCAGGCCAUCAGCUGUCUAAAGAGGGCCAACUACCUGUCUCCGUUUGACUGGAAAAUCCUGUACAACCUGGGCCUGGUGCACCUCACCAUGCAGCAGUACGCCUCAGCCUUCCACUUCCUCAGUGCUGCCGUCAACCUGCAGCCAAAGAUGGCAGAGCUCUACAUGCUGCUGGCAGGUACAGGAGAACUAAUUGCAGAGGUACCGUGGCACCAAGGGGCAAAGUAACUUUAUAAAAUGUAGUAAGCUACUUUGCCCCUUAGUGCCACCACACAGGGAUGAUUUUGAAUGCUCCCGUGGGCAUUGUCAGUCAUACUAUAGUUUCACAAAUGUACCUCGUGUUUUUCCUUAUGCCUGCUAUCUCCACUUCAGUGUCUUUCAACACAUUAUUUCUUUGCCCUGUUUAGCUAGUUUCUUGGCUUCUAUAAAUUUUUAAAAUCUCGCCUGUUAAAUCCCAGAUUGUAGUUUUAACUUUGUGGACUUGGCAUCAAGCAGGCACUGCAUGAUGUGUUUCCCUUCUUCUAUUUCCCCCCAGGUGCAUUGGAAUGUCCAUUCCAACUUACUGAAUUUCUUGUGGACAAGUACUUUCUUGUGGUUUAAAGCAAUGUCUACAUUAUAAUGUUGUGUCAUCAUGGCCUAUUGGUCAUGACUGAUUGACAAUCAGAUUUUUUUUAUUUUCUUUCAGUUGCUCUUACUAAUAUGGAUGACGGGGAGAAUGCCAAGCGAUCAUAUGAGCAAGCAGUGUCGUUGGAUGAGUAAGUAUUUUACUUGAACUCAUUGUUUUGUUUUGUUAGAUGAAUGUGGGGGUGGGGUACGUUAAAUUACUGUUUUGUAUUUGUAUGGUCUAUCAUCCUCAAUCCUACAUUUUCAGGCCUUUUAAUAUUACAAAAUCUUUUAUCUAAUAUUUCUUCAACUCAAAUGUAUACUGUUCUGCGCCCAUCUUUCACAGGUGUAACCCCUUGAUCAAUCUGAAUUUCGCAGUCCUGUUGUACAAUCAAGGAGACAAAAAAGGAGCAACAGAUCAGUACCUGGAGAUGGAGAGGAAAGUGAUGGAAAGCAGCCAUAAUGCAGAAUUUGACCCAGAGGUGUGUGUGUGUGAACCUGCAUGCGUACGUGUCUGUGUUUUGAGGUACCAUUACUCAUAGACUCUUUAAAAGGGGCAAUCCGCAGUUGCUAAAUCAAUUUUUUGAUUUCUAAAUUAAUCAUAGACUGUAUACUCAUUGAUCCUUGAAGAAUAUAACUUAUACAUGCCUCAUCAGCAAGGGUGAAAGUAGAUAUAGGAUUUUCUCAAAAUGCAUACUACCGUGCUCCGAGCACGCAAAUUGGAGCACGGGAGGGUCGGAGUAUGAGUCCAAAUCAAAGUAUGCGAAACAGAGCAUGGAGGGCACUUCUCGGAUGUGUACUCCAUUUGUACAUAUUUUGAAGCAUGCAUCGAUGCAAGUUUCAAUGGAAAGUAUGCACAUAAAUAUGACCCAACCAUUUCUUGAAAUCAAUGGCGGCUAUUAUUUUAGCUGAAGCGAGAGAAAAUAAACUCAGACUUCGGAAUAAAAUGAUGCCCAUUCACAUCUCAUAUGUUGCCUGGCUACAAUAUUUUAUCUUGAUACGUUAAUAAAUACAUACUGGGUUAAUUUUGGCAUGUUUACCUGCCUACAAUUCCCACUGUAGUGAAGAUCGCAAGCCAAUAGUAAGUCAAUAGGGCUAUCUGGCUAGCUACUACUGUUAGCUAUCUAGAUACACACAAAUACUUGGCAGCUAGCUACCCACAAAUAAUUGAAAUCUACCUUGCAUAACAUUAGUUUUAGGUAACUUUUGCCUGUUAAACUAUCUGUUUAGCUAGAUUAUUAUGAUUCAGAUAUAGAUAGCUGAUAGUUUUGAAGUAAAAUGUUUUCUUUGUGUAUAUCUUGUUUCGUCUAUUGCCCUUGUCCUGGCUGGAAGAAGGUUCAGUGAAUGGGUAUGCCCAUAGUAAGUCAAUAGGCAUAACUGGUUAGCUACUACUGUUAGCUAGAAGUGGUUAUCCCACUGGCUAUAGGGUGAACGCACCAAUUUGUGAGUCGCUCUGGCUAAGAGCGUCUGCUAAAUGACGUUAAUGUGCCCUUGAGCAAGGCACUUAACCCUAAUUGCUCCUGUAAGUCGCUCUGGAUAAGAGCGUCUGCUAAAUGACUAAAAUGUAAAUGUAAAUGUAGAUAGCCACAAAGAAUUGGCAGCCAACUAGUAGCUACCCACAAAUAAUUGACAUCUACCUUGCAUAACAUUAGUUUUAGGUCAUUUAUGCCUGUUUAACUAGCUGACUAGCUAGAUUAUUAUGAUUCGCAUAUAGCUAGCUGAUAAUUAUGAAGUAAAACGUUUGCUUUGUGUAUAUCUUGUUUCAUCUCUAUUGUUACCAUUGUCCUGGCUGGAUGAAGGUUCAGUUAAUGGGGAGGUGAAGCGUGAGGUAAUACAGUAGGGGGAGUGCGAGUGCGAGUGCUUCUCAAAUGUAAUGUUUUAUGUGUUCUCUACACUCUCUUCCUCACAAGAACGUAUUCAAGAGAACGUCCUCUGAGAAUGCACUCGGAGCAUGAGAGUGUGGAGCACGGUAGUAUGCUUAUUGAGAAAGACCCAUUGUUUCUUCGCGGUACACCUAAGAGUAAAGACAUGUCAUUUAACUGUAAAAAUGUUUGACCUUUUAAUGUGGAAUGAUGUUUUCAUCUGAUUGUCAAACAAAUCACUUCAUAAAGUAGGCUACCUGCUCAUGUUCGUCCACUGUAAAAUAAUUCCAGCAUCUACAACAGUGCACUGUGCACACGCCAUUUGAUUAAUGGAAAGAGACGUCUAUUAAAACACCAAAAAGUGUAAUGACAUUCGGCGAUUGAUUGAUGCGUCCACUGUUGUCCGUGUGCAUCUCGGUCCCGACCAGUUAUCUCUGCUUUGGCAAAUGUUUGUGUUCACGUCGAACCACACCGCAUUUUGGAGUGUAUAGGCCUACCAUAUUGUUUAUGCUUCUGACAGGCAGUCAUAAUAAAUGAGGGUGUAAUAGCAUAGUUUUCUUGCCAUCUUUUAAAAAAAAUAUUGUGAUAGGCUCAUGUUUUACCGGUACGGCGUACCCCCACCAUUUAUUUAGCCGGUACUCCGUACCGGACCUUCCAGUCUUACUUUCACCCCUGCUCAUGAGCUUAGUUCAACUGUCGUAUCUCAUUAAAACCCAGAAUAUAAGCUUGUUUUCCCCCUAAACAUUGUAAAUGUAAACAAACACUGUAUAGCCUUAAAAAUAUGAUAAUUUUUAUAUCUUGGAAUGUCACUCCUUGCAUCAAUAGCUCUAUGAAUUUACCAAUACCGAGGCGGGGUAACCAUUUUGUUAUUGUUUCAACUGCGGAUUGUCCCUUUAAGAGUUAACUAUGCUAAUACAUCAUAUACCUAAUCUUCUCGAGUCUAAGCCUCAAGUAUAAACUGUAACCAGUGCAAUCUGCACUGCAGUAAUUAUGUUAUGUAACAUGUUGCCCACAAUGCAAAAUUGGUACUCAAAAAGCUGGAAAAAAACAUAUCAGUGCAGUUGACUCCUGAUGAAUCCACAAUCACAUCAUAAAAAGUCCAUGUUAGUGUGUUGACCGUCUUCUCCAUGUUCUGAUACUGAAGCAGGGCUCCUUUCUUGAACACUUCAAGCUGGCUCCCAGUCUAGCACAUAUCCCUAAUGUUGAGCGGUCUGUACCCUUUUUGUCUCAGCUCAUUGAGAUGGCACAGAAGUUGGCAUCUGCUCUCCAGAUGGGAGAGACCUCGGUGUGGACCAAGCCAGGUAAGGACUCCAAAGUCGGGCAGCGCUCCAAGACCACGUCCCUGCAGCCCCUGGGCACCAACCAGGCCCUUGGGCAGGCCAUGUCUUCAGCUGCCAGCAAAAGCAUCCAGCUAGCUGCAGGUGUGUGUGUGUGUGGCAGUGAAAGCGGAGGGCAAAUUUAGAGAUGGACGCCAUGUUGCUGCCUCUGAGUGUUUUCGUUCACCCAUUCAUUUAUAAUGAGUCUUUGGAUUCUAGUUGUAAUUCCAAAUCAUAUUUUCUAAAUAGAGGGUUCUGCAGUAGGCUGGUCUGGAUCAACCAUAUCCAGACACCAAACCUUACUAGAUUUUUUUGCACCUUUGAUAAUAAUAAUAAUAAUAAAAUGCCAUUUAGCAGACGCUUUUAUCCAAAGCGACUUACAGUCAUGCGUGCAUACAUUUCUUGUGUAUGGGUAGUCCCGGGGAUCGAACCCACUACCUUGGCGUUACAAGCGCCGUCAAAUACAGAUUGCAAAUGAUCCUACCUUUUUAACAGUUGUCUACCACUGCACGAAGUGACAUGAAGUAGUAAGUCUUUAGUUUCCAUGCAAUAGGAUUACACGGGAAUGCGUGUCAGAUGUUGUAAGAGUAAAAUACCUCUAUCUCAUCCCUAAGGCUCUAAGGCUCCACCCAAGUCCACCUCCACCUCGUUACCCCCAGAUGAAGAGCAUGAUGUGGAGAAUGCCCCUUCCCCUCCCCUAGGGGACCCGGAGUCAGAGGAGCCCAAAGCCAAAGAAAAGAAGAAGAGCAAGUCUAAACCUGUGGCUGAG